AUGGGUCGCACCGUUGACCAAGAGGUCCACGCGGCUUUCGUCGAGUUUCGCGCCAAGGAGGAUGAUAAGUGUCUCUCUGUCCAAUGCAUAUACUGCCAGCAGAUCAGAGCAAAGAACACCAGUCGACAGAAGCAACAUCUCCUCGAGUGUCCCGCCCUUCGCGGCCAUAAUCCUCCCCAUGCCCAAUCUGCCCCUACCAAUGGCGUAGGCGCCGUCAAUGGCUACGGGGCGCCUCCGAACGGGCCUGCUGGUGGCCCUGGUGCUGGGUCAGCGACAGCCACCCUCCCCUCUGCCAGUAGCUCCAUGAUGGCCAAUGGAGUUAACCCUCAUAGCAGUGCUCUGCAGACUCCCAUGCAGAAUCUCUCCAGCCGUCCGUCUCUUCCUUCGCAGGCAGCUCCUCCCCCGAGCGCGUCCUCGGCAGCUGCCCCGUCACAGCAGCGUGCACACACCACCCCCAAGACCUCGAAGCAGCCCAGGCAGAGCACCUCGAGCCUGCCAGCUCCCCCACUCGACGAUGUACAUGCCGCCUUUGUCGAGUUCCGCGCGAAGGAAGAAGAUAAGUGUCUCUCUGUCCAAUGUAUAUAUUGUCAACAAGUCCGUGCAAAGAACACAAGUAGACAGCGCCAGCACCUGCUGGAAUGCCCACCGUAUCUCAAUGUGAUGAAAGACUCUAUCCCCGCCAAUAACCUCCAACACUCGUUCCCUGAAGGUGAUAUUGCGCGCUCUCUCCAGCUGCCAAUACCCACAUUGGAGCUUGACUUCCGCAUGAGCCUCAAAUUGAACCCAACGGUGACAGUUGGGCAGGGCCUCUGGGGCCAAAGAGACUGGGUCACGUUUGUUGGCGGGCAAUGGGCAGGCAGAUGGGGUAAAGGAAUUGUCCUGCCUGGAGGACAAGAUUCGCAAGUUGUUGUCAAGGAGCUCUCGACUCACAUCAAGGCAAACUACCUCUUACAAACCGCGGAUGAACCUCCGGCGUUCAUCGUCGCAAAGACCACCGGCUGGAUGACAGGCGCAAAGGAUGUUUUGGAAAAACUCUCGGACCCUUCCAUGGCCGACUCCGUCAACCCAACCACCUAUAAAUAUCGCAUUCAUAUCGCCUUGGAGACGGGAGACGAGCGCUAUGCCUUUGUCAACACGGUCAUGUGGGUUGGUAGUGGCUGUCGCCGCUCUUCGGAAGUUAUUUUCGAUGCUUUCCGUAUUACCUAA